UUUCAUUAUCUCAUCGCAUUAUCAAUGUUUUAAUUAUCUUAUUGUUUUUUUUAAUGACUUAAGGAGCGUCAUUUCAAUGCUUCUAUCCACGAAUGUUGUUGACAUACUUUGUUAGAAAGGAACUUUAAUUGAAUUUAUUCUUCGAGGGUACUCAAGUUAUAACAGUAAAAUAUACGUUUUCUGUAUCUUUAGAUAAACGGAUGGGAAGAUUGUUAGCUAGACCUUUUGUAUUAUUCGUGCCGAGUACACCAAGCUUUCGCAAGAUGAGCAUCGACAUUGGAGGAAUGAGAAUCAAAUACAAGGACAAGGAUGAGACGUUUCUGGAAAAACACCUGGUCUCAAAGGAGCCCUUUGGUCAAUUUAAGGCUUGGUUUGAAGAGGCCUGCACUAAAAAGGAAAUCCUUGAGCCAAAUGCUAUGUGCUUAGCCACUGUGUCACCGCAAGGCUUUCCUUCAGCUAGAUUUGUUUUACUGAAAGGCUACGGAAAGGACGGCUUCAAGUUUUUCACUAACUAUGCAAGUAGGAAAGCUAGAGAAUUGGAUCUCAAUCCAAAUGUAGCAGCAACCUUUUAUUGGGAAGUCCUAAACAGAUCCAUAAGGAUCGAAGGUCAAGUAGAAAAGCUAUCGGAGGAGGAAUCAACAACAUACUUUCAUUCCCGGCCGGUCCCAAGCCAGAUUGCAGCCUGCGCUAGUCAUCAGAGCACUCCAAUAGAGUCAAGGGAUGUGCUGUGCGAACGAGAGAGUGUAUUGGAGGCUCAGUACCUGAUACCUGAAAAGGAAGUUCCUAAGCCAAGCUAUUGGGGCGGCUACAUAAUUCGUCCGCGAGCUGUAGAGUUCUGGCAGGGCCAACGGGACCGUCUUCAUGACAGAAUCAAGUUCCGGAAGCCAAAUGUAGGCGAACAGCCAGACGGGAAGCUGCUACAUGAAGGAGAAGAUGGAUGGGUUUAUGAGAGACUCUCGCCAUAAGUUUGUAAAGCCUGACCAGUAAUAUAUGGUCAUUGUCAAGAGGGCGCUGUUAUUCUCAUGUAUAGGGUGACAGUUCAGUUUAGUAUGAAAAAAUUUGUUCCAGUGAAAUUCCGCAAUAUGGCGCGUGAUCAUAUUUUACUGGUCAGCCUUUACGGGCUGUGGCGCCGUCCUCAUGGCUAUGGGUUAUGUGCUAAGCUAAUUUGUCAAAUUUAACCUUUAAUGCCAUGACAAUACGAACCAAGGCACGCGUCCUCGUGAAUGACGAACUAUAUCACCUAAUGCAUUUUUUUUAGGGUUCCGUUCCGUACUUCAAAAGGAAAAAUCGGAACCCUUAUAGAUCACUCGUGCGUCCGUCUGUCACAGCCUAUUUCCUCUGAAACUACUGGGCCAAUUAAGAAUAGUUUAGAAGUUAUUUAAGAAAAUAGCCAAACAAUGACCAUUACCAUUACUAACCCCCCUUUAGCUCCGAAACUACUGGGUCUAAAAUUUUGAAAAAAAAUACACAAAAUAGUUCUUUACCUAUAGAUGACAGGAAAUGUGUAGUCAAGCGUGAGUCGGACUUAACCCCUUACUGCAUGUAAUAAAAAAUAUUUGUUUAAAAUAGGACCUUAAUAGCUGUCAAUAGAGUUGAAUAUCAUAUCCGCCAUAUAUGGCUCCUUAUGCGGUAAAGGUUUAAUUACUUAGUUUUUGAUCCGACACUUAUGGGUUUUUUAGACAUUUCGCUCACGUUUCACAUAAAAAAUAUAUUGUUAAUAAUUGUGUAAUGUACGGAACCCUUGGAACGCGAGUCCGACUGUGUUUUAGUUCUUGCAUAACACCUACAUAGUAAUUCAGUGAGCAAAUUAUAUCAGCUUAAUUCUGUACAGCAGCGGUCGGCAAUCUUAGAAGCCAAUGGCGCGCACGCAGCGGGCCGCACUUUGUUAUUAGUAUAUGUAAAGUAUAGGCUAGUAAAGUUGUAAUAUUUUAAAGUUUCAAGCAGAUUUAACAACUUUAAUAAUGAAAUAAAACUAUGAAAACGGAUUAUAUCGCGUAUAUUGAAUUUAUAAUACAUCCCGACGUUUCGAAUU